AGGGCUGACAGAGAAACAUAUUUUCCCCUUGCCUUUUAGUUUUCCUUAUUCAGUCCUGCUCUGAUCCACAGGAGGAAGAAGAAAGGGGGGCAGAGAAGAGGCGGGGUUUUUCGAUGGAGCUGAGAGAGAGACAGAGUGACAGAGAGCAGUCGAACACUCAAUCUGUGGAAACAUGAUGGAAGCCAGCGUUGUUUCCAAGGACGCAGGACACGCAAGCCCUCUGAAAGGAUCACUAGACACUCCAUCUAUCCCCUCUUCUGCCUCCAUCCCUCCAUGUGCUCCCCUCUCUCCACCUUCCCUGCCCUCCUCUAACCCUCCAGUCCGGCCAUGUCGACCCAAACCACCACCUCCUGCAGUGAAGUCCUCCCAGCUCCCCUCUUGUCCUCCUCUACUUCCAUCCACUCCUCCAACCCUCCCUCCCACUCUCCCUCCUGUCACCAAACCUCCUCCCCCCUCCAACCCUCCUCCCCCAUCUCUUCCUCCUCCUCUCUCCCCUACUCCAGUGUCUCCACCUCCCUUGCUUUCUCUCCAGCCAACGGUCUCCUCUGAUCUUACUCCCUCUUUUACUCCUCCUCCUCUUCCUGCUCCAUUAUCACCAACAAUCUCUUCCUUAUCAUCAUCUCCUCCUCCACCUCCCCCUGUUAUCCCACCGUCCUCUCCAACUCCUCAAUUGCUGAGUCCUAUAGAUCGGCUGGUUGGGAGCGUCUCAGUAUGGCAGCCCAAAGAACUCAGCCAAGACCAGACUACUAGUAUAAUGGAGAAAGAGACGGCUGGGGCAUUCCUGGUUCACAGCACAGAGGACAAGGCCAUGACACUGUCAGUACGCCUGCCUGAUGAACAGGGGGCACCGCUCGUACACAACCUGAUGGUCAAACAACACAAGACAUUUCUCCACUUAGAGGAUUCCUCUCUGGUUUUUGAUGACAUCUUCAAAUUGAUCUCCUUCUACUGUGCCAGCAGGGACAUUCUGGCUAUUCCAUUGAGGUUACCCCGGGCUAUUACCACGGCAACUAAGAAAGAAGAGCUGGAGGUCAUCUCUGCUAUGGGUGCAGAUUUCUGGACAUCUGAUCUGAACCAGCAGGCAAAGGACCAGGACCUGGUUUUGGAUCAGAGCCACAGCAGACUGUUCUUGUAUGUCAACCCAGUCCCAGUGGAGGAGAGCCCCAACAAAGACCUGAACCCCUCCUCUAUCUCCAAACUUGAUAACAUCACCAAUCAAAACAUCACGUCCUCCCUACAGAAUGGAGAAGCCCCACAGAAGAUCAGCACAGAGGUUAAAGGUCAGACUAAAACUACGACCAACCAGGAGAUUAAAUACAAGCGCCCCCCACCCCGACCCCCCAGCCUUGGCUCAGGGAUGGGCCUCCUCUUCUCCUCUCCCCCCUUGCUUCACUCUUCAUCCUCUGUACCUCCAGCAGCUGAGAGAAAAGAGGAAGGAAAGGGAGGAGUAGGGGAGAGAGAAGAGAGGAAGUCAGUGUCGACAUCACUUACUCCUUCAAGGCCUCCUGUUCCCCUGCAGAGCCGAGCCGCUCCCCCACUUCCUCCUGCUCCUCUCCGUCGAACCUCCUCCAGGAAAAGCACUGACCGAGAGGUAGGAGAGGGGACGGAGAGAGAGAAGGGACAAAAUCCUGCAAAGAAAACUGAGAGAGAAGGGGGAGGAGAGGGAGGAGAGAGAGGAGAGGAGAAAACAGGAAGUAAAUCAGGUCAGCUGGGUGAGGGUGGUGAACAAGAGAACAGCAGCCAGCAUCAGGAGGAGGAGGUAAAAAAGGACAAGGAAAAGACAGAGAAAGAGGAUGAGAAGGAGGAAAAAGAAAUGAAAACAGAUAAAGAGGAGGACAAACCAAAAUCCAGCUCCCCCUGUCCACCAUCAGUGAAAAAACCGUCCCGUCCAGUCCCUCCACCAAGGAGGAAACCCUGUUCCCCUGAUGCACCUGUGUGCCCCAACCAGGCUGGAGGAGGAUUAGCCAAUCAGAGUGCUGGGAUGAGAGUGCCCCCUCCCUCCCCGGCACGGCGGCCUGAUGUGUCACUCUACUCGCCACAGGGGGGUGCUGUGCUGGGAACUGACCCUGACUCCUGCUCUACCAGCAGCACAGAGGAAGAAGGAGAGCUGAACCAGGAACAGGAGCAAAAUCACAAUCGCCCUGCAGGGAGCCGCAGCCCCAAGGCAGCAGUUAGAAGAACUCCCACCACUGUCAUGUUGGACCGAGCCCGCUACCGCCUGUCCACCGUCCUCACCGGCCUCAUCAGCCAUGACCGCCGCCUCACACAGCGCAUCGUAGAGCUGGCCAGGGACCCUCUGAGCUACUUUGGUAACCUAGUAAAAGAGCACCGUGCAUUCACCUUGGAGACCAUGUCCAAACACCCAUCCUCCACUGAGCUGUUACAGGAAAUCAGACAGAUGAUGACUCAACUGAAGAGUUACCUGCUGCAGAGUACAGAGCUGCAAGCUAUGCUGGAACAUCAGUACACACAAGAAAAACUGGAGAACAUAGUUGAAGCUGCUCUGUGUAAGAGUGUACUGAAGCCACUGAGGGAGCCAAUUUACCAGAGUCUGGAGAAACUGCACACCAACGACAACAGCCUGAAACAGCUGGCACAGAACCAGUCUGUUGUCCUAGGCAGCACCACCACAGCAUUAGGAAUAACCACAGCCGUCCCCGAGGCCUCUGCUAUGGAGAAGAUCAGCAUCAAACUAAACAAUCUCCAUCUGGAGUAUUCUCCCCAGAAAAAGAUUGAGCAUAUGCUGAAGGCCUGCAAGAUCAUCUAUGACUCCAUGUCUGUCAGCUGUCCAGGGCGGGCCCAUGGAGCUGAUGACUUCCUGCCAGUAAUGAUGUACGUCCUGGCUAGAUCCAAUCUAUCCGCCCUGCAGCUGGAUGUUGAAUACAUGAUGGAAUUGAUGGAUCCAUCAUUAUCACUAGGAGAAGGUUCCUAUUAUCUGACCACCACCUAUGGCGCUUUGGAGCACAUUAAGACUUUUGACCAGCAGAGGUCAGCAACACGGCAGCUCAGCAGAGAGGUUCAGGACUCCAUCCACCGCUGGGAGAGAAGACGCACGCUCAACCAGGAACGCAUGGCCCAAGGAUCUGUUCGGGACUUUCUGACAGUGUGUUGUCCAGAGAUUGGAGCCAACCCAAAGACUCUUGGUGUCCUCCCCACUACGACAAUGCAACAGCUGGCUGAGCAGUGUGCUGCAAGAUUUGAACAAGAAUCCUACAUGCUCAGUGUAUAUAAGGAUGGUGUUAACCAGCUUCUGGCUCCUUCAGAGCUGGCCCUCAGUGUCAAGAACAACUCCCAACCUGGAGCCUACUGCUUUGUCUAUCAUCCUAUUGACCAACCUAUCAUCCAGCCCAGCUGCAGGUGCCCGACUGACCCGCCUCCAGCUCCACCCGCAGAAAGUAUUCUUCCUGCUGACUUUACAGCUGUUGACAGUGUGGAGGCAGAGCCAGAAGAGGACAGUCUGAUUAGCUUGUAACUGCUCCAGCAUCACAGUGGCAGCUGCUGUAUCGCUAUGGUAACUACAUUACUGUGGUGGCAGCGUUACUGUGGUGACUGCAUCAACAAACAGAAUUUAGGACAGUGUGUUAAUCUCAGGUUUUACUCAAAAUGUUGAUGCAACUAAAACCUAAAUGAAACAAAUAUAACUGA